AUGCCUCUGGUGCAUCCUCAAGUAAAUAAUGGAUAUCCACAUUCUGUGUAUCUACAACCUUCGGUGAUACCGGCGGCAUCGACUUCUGUUAUAGGAUCUGAGGCUGUAAUUGAAAAAUUAGUAGAGGCGGUGAAUAAAAUGACUAUGCAACUACAAGAAAAGAAAAGGCCCCCUCGAGAGUAUUCUAAAGAGUUUUUAGCCAAAACGGUUUGUUUCAAGUGUGGUAAACCUGGACACAUUAGUCAGAUAUGUCAAGAAAAUAUAAAGAAUGUGAAUACCGUUGUGACGGACCAGGAUGAAAAUGUUGUUGUUAAUAAGGAAACGUUCCAAGCUCUUCUCUCUUUGUUAGAUAAUAAAAAAGAGGAAGAAGCACGUGAUCAACCCACCUAUCUAAGUUUCCGAGAAGAAGAUUUGUCAUUAUUUCUUCCGGCCGAAAGGCGUGGACGUAAGAAGCCUUCUUUAAAUGCACCUUUUAAGAAAAGAAAGGGAGAUUCAAUUGAACCCGACGGUUCAGUUGAAGAACCUAAAAAUGAGGAUAAUCAAGUUCAAGAAGAUGUGUCCAUGGAUGAAGCUAACUUGGAAGACUUAUUGGAAAAUGAAAAUCCAGAGCCUUCUAAAGAACGUCUUGAAGAGCCAUCUAAGGAAUCCGAAGUUCCUAGAAAAUCAGAAGAUAUCAAGGAAAAGCCAGUACCUAAAGAAAAACUUACAAAAAGAAAUAAGUUAAAGCGUCGUUUGGCUAUGUCACGUGAUCCUGAACUAUAUGAAGAACCCUCGAUGAGUUGGGACUCGGAGGACGAAUAUUGGUUUAAGGAUGAACAGUCGUCUCUUUCUUCUUCUAGUACCGAUCUGAUUUCUCUUACUUCCGACGAGGAGACAGAUGAGAACUGCGAUGAAAUCCUGACUAGUUCUCUUCCACCAUUACCACAAGAUUCGGAUGAACUUACCCUUAGACCCCGUCGUGCGAUGACCUUGUCAACAACUUACUUAUUAGGAGAAGGUGAUGGACCUAUCAUCGAUUUACUUGAUUUUUAUUAUGAGGGGAAAAUUCCUGAUAUUGCAAAUCGCGUUGGUAAAUUACCGCAAAAUUUUCAAGAUCAAUUUGAAAAUUUUUUGCAAAACCAUCGUUCAAAAUCCUAUGAAAUUGGCGAUCAAGUACUACUCCAACGGUCUGAAAUUCAACACUCUAAAAGUGCUAAACUUGAAGUUCAAUGUAGCGGCUCUUACUACAUUCACAAUGUUUUAGGAAAUGGAACUUAUAAGCUAAGAGCUAUCACCGGGACUGACCUUCCUGGAAGCUUAAUCAUUGAUCAACACCACGUCGAAUAUGGCAUCGAAAUUGAAAAGAAUGAACUAGAUAUCUCUAUAACCUCAGGUCUAAUAUGGAAAACCACCUAUCGCACUUAUCAAUUAUACUCUAUUCGAGGUUUAAGUAAUCUCUUGACGUCCCGGUACAUUACUCCAUCCAUCUUAUUCCGUAUGUAUAAUGAAGAUUUUUGCAAGUUAUUAGAGGAAGCUCAAUCUAUAAGGGGUUCAGAAAUUGAUCAUUUAAUCGAUUCGGCAAACGACUUACUCGAGACCCAAAUUCAGGAU